AUGGCAUCACAAAAUAGUUCUGUGGUGCUUUUGAUCACGGGCCUGGUGCUCAUAUGUUUCGCCAGCUGCAGCUCGGCGACAACUACCAUGCUGGCGGGUAGUGGCCAUCCAGCAGUGGACUUCGAGGCCAUUCUUCUUCGGCGACUAAGUUUCAAUAACACCGCCACGCAAAACGUGUCGGACAUCGAGCACGUUGGCGUGGCGCAAGUUGUGGAGACCAUCGGGUACCUCUUUGCUUCGCCCCACACGCUUAACCAGACCUUUGACAAGGUACCGGAGUUGCAGUACCAUGCCUUCUGGGAGGUCGUGGAGUCGGCCAAGGCACUGGAGGUUCUAUCCACCCACGAGCUGCCGGCCCAUAUCGAUGCCAUGACCGCGCGCGUCGCCCAGCUGCCCACCCACCUCUGCUGGCCUGUCUUGCGCCGCAUCGUCCUAGCAGCACUCAUGCACCACCGUCUACAACACGGGCCCCUCAGCACCGAUGCUUCCACAGCCGUGGUGCGCCUGUGCGUGCAAUUCUUCCAGCUUCACCGCACUGCCGCAGCCCGUAAAGGCAUUAUUGAUUUCUUCCACAUUUCCAAGGCCGGCGGCACCACCUUUUGCCAGCUCGCCAAGCUUAACGGCUGCCGCACGCAGUCCUUUGCCGCACGCCGCAACUGCCUCAUCCGGGAGUUCGAUGACGUUCCACGCUGGGUCAACAACUCCCUACACAACCACCUCGCACCCCGCGGUCUGCGCACCCCCUGGUUCGCCAACUGGGGCACCAAGCAACGCAACCCCGUGUCCUGUCAGAUCCGAAAGCGCUUCAUGCUCCGCCGCCACUUCAACAUCUACGCCAAUGAGUUCACGGUAUACGGCGCGCAGCGUGUACCUCGCAACGCGCACGUGUGUCCGGGCCACCUCAACGUGCUGCAGCUGCGGCACCCCCACCUCCGUCUACGGUCCCACCUGAUGUGGGUUUGGGCGCUGUACGACCAUACCUUCCGCGAACAGGCUCCCGCAUUCUUCCCAACCCACGGACUGCCCCACUGGCGGUCCCUGCUACCCGCCGCCACGGACAACUACUAUGUGCGGUCGCUCCUCGGGGAGUCCGUGUACUUCCUUCCGGGGGACAACCUCACACAGGCGCACCUAUCCGCGGCCCGCCUGGCCAUGACCAUGUUUGACGUGUUGUUGUUGCUGGAGCAGCCCUCCAUGAAUGAGGUGCUGUACGAGAUGGCCAUUGGAUGGGGACUUGGUUUCGGAGCCGUGCACGCUCGUACGAGCACGCAAGUCCACGAGGUAGGGCGUCAGGGUCUUCCGGAAGCGGAGGAGUGGCAGCAGCUGCUGAAGCGGAAUGCGCUGGAUCUGGAGCUCUACCGGUUCGGGUCGCUGCUGGCGUUGCUAGAUGCGCUAGUUUUUGAUGUAGCCAAGGAGUCCGGGCUGGGGUCGGGUUACUCGGCGGUCGGGAGCGAGGGUGGUGGCGACGUGGCAGUGGUGGCGGGGCCGCGGGCGGUCAAACCCGGGGAUGAUGAGCAGUGGGAGCUGUCGCGCGGCGGUGGCGGCGGCGAUGGCGGCGGCGAUGGCGGCAGCGGACCGGCAGCUAGGCGUGGGACGUGCGGGUUUGUGUCGGCGCAUGAAGGGGACCAGGCGUUGCCGUCCUGGGUCGUUGUGUAG